GCAGCUUGCCUCCGUUGCCAGAGGAGGCGAUGCACCUCUUAAGGAGAGCGAAACCUCGACAGGUGGUUGCAGCUCCGUGAAGGCGAGGUAAAAAAACUACAACCCAAAGUUCCACUAUGUCAUCCAGACCUUUCGAAAGUCCUCCGCCUUAUCGACCAGAUGAAUUCAAACCUUCACACUAUGCACCAAGCAACAAUACAUAUGGUGGUGAAUUCCAUUCUCAGCCUAUGUUCUCUCAACCAGCAUAUUCCUAUUAUCCAGAAGAUGAAGUGCAACGUUUCUACAAAUGGUCCUCCCCCCCAGGAAUAAUCAAGAUCAUGUCCGUUCUCAUACUAGUCAUGUGUAUUGGAGUCUUUGCUUGUGUUGCUUCCACAUUGGCUUGGGAUAUGGACUUGUAUGGAGGUCCACUAGGAACUGGUUUGGGGUAUCCUAGCUAUGGAGGUUUUGGAACCAGCUAUGGUGGAUACAGUGGCAGCAGUGGUUUUGGAAGUUUUGGUGGCUAUAAUGGUGCAUAUGGCCUUGGAGGAAAUUAUAUUGAUCCACGAGCAGCGAAAGGCUUUAUACUUGCAAUGGCAGCUUUUGGCUUUAUUGCUGGAUUGGUGGUUUUUGUGACUGGUACUACAAAGACCAAGAUGGCCAGGACGAGGAAAUAUUAUUUAUUUAUGAUAAUAGCAAGUGCUAUCUUGCUCUUCUUGAUGUUCAUUGCUACAAUUGUAUAUAUACUGGCAGUCAACCCAACUGCUCAAGCUUCUGGAUCAGUGUUCUACAAUCAGAUCUAUAUGUUGUGCAACCAGUUUUACGCACCCACAACCUCUGGGCUCUUUGUUAAUCAGUACUUAUAUCACUACUGUGUGGUGGAACCUCAGGAGGCUAUUGCCAUUAUAUUAGGCUUCCUGAUUGUCGCAGCUUUGGGCAUAAUAAUAUUUUUUGCAGUAAAAACCCGAAGUAAAAUGGAUUACUAUGGUAAAAUGAAUAUACUGUGGGAUAACACAAAAGGUUAUGAUGAAGCUCCUAAUGUAGAAGAAUGGGUUAAGAAUGUAAGUGCAGAACCAGAGGCAGCUGCGCCAGGCGCUGACUAUCCAGAUCAAGUUGCCAGUUCUAUGGGAUAUUCACUUUCUGAUGCUCCUGCACAUCAGAUUCCCAACGACAAUUACACAGCUACUCCGGUACCUGAAGUUGUUGCUCCAUUAACAAAAGACCUAAAGCAAUCCCAGUAUGUGAACACCAGCAGUUACAAUGGGUCAGCUAAGGAACCCCCACAGAAAAGGAAAAGAGGAAGAACCAGGAGAGCUAACAGUGAUAAUUAUAAUGGCGAUUACAUCACUGGUGGCGAGUCUUGUGAUGAACUGGAGGAGAACUGGGACAGAGAGUAUCCACCUGUAUCAUCGGACCAAAAAAGACAAGCAUACAAGCGAGACUUUGAUACAGGAUUACAAGAAUACAAACAAUUGCAAGCAGAACUUGAUGAGAUCAGCAGAGAACUCUCCCGUCUUGACAAAGAACUGGAUGACUAUAUUGAAGGCAGUGAAGAAUACAAGGCUGCAGCUGAUGAAUACAACAGAUUGAAGGAUAUCAAAUCAUCAGCAGAUUAUAAGAACCGAAAAGCACAUUGCAAGAUGCUAAGGAGUAAACUGUCCCACAUCAAAAGAAUGGUCAGUGAUUAUGACAGUCAGAAGUUAUAACAAGAAGGAAAUGAAUCGGUCUGCAUAAGAAUGCUAAUUUUCAUUAAGCUGGGAUACGUUUGUGUUGGACAACAGAUAGUAAGAGAGAUCCUUUGGAUACUUUUAUAUACUUCUUUCAUAAUAAUACCUGUGCCAUGUUUACCUUGAAAUAUGAGUUCAGUAUAUGGGAUCUUUUAUAGUUUCACUACGUCAAGGAAUUUUACCACCUGUGUUAUCAAGAUCAACAGUGGAUAUCUUGAGUUUUUGCUUUCCUUGUUUUUGAUAACUCAUAUUCCAUUUUUCUCAGUAUGUUACAAUCUUAAUUUCAGAAAUAUUUGAUAAAUGUUUUUGACAUUGUACCUUCCAUAGUAUAAGCUAUGUUCUUUAUUUGAAAGUCCUGUCUUCCUCCCUUAUUCUCAACCAAUUUUGUACAUCUAGGUUACUUGUAAAUAUUAAACUAACAGGCUUUACUUUUAAAUGGUGUCUAACUGGACCCAUUGUUGAUCAGCCAGUAUGAUAUAUUGACAAUGUGAAACUGAAUGUAAAUUUAUUCUUUUAAAAUCUCGACUUGUAUUUUAGGUAUCAUUUUAUUACAGAAAUAUAAUUUUGAAUAAUAGUAUGUUUGACUUGAAUGUCCAACUGUUAUAAAAAUGCCUGUAUGUUAUAUUUGACUAUAUAAGCAGCUGCAAUCAUAUACAAACUUAAUAGGAAGUCCCACAUCAAUGGGCUUUAUUUCUGAUAUUGUAUGCACAAUUAACUUGAUCCUUUUAAAUUGCCAAAAAAAUCUAGACUGCUCUUUAAGGACAGAUUAUAUUAUGGCCAAAUGACAGAACAAAAGUAAAAACAAAUGUAUUCACAUUACAGGUAGUCCUUGUUUAAUGACCACUCGUUCAGCGACUUUUUGAAGUUACAAUG